AUGUUCAAACCCUUCGACCGCGGCGCCAAAACAGCGCCCAGCAGCUACCCUCGAGUCCCCUUCCACCUCUUUCGAUGUUUCCAACUCAUAUCCAGCAUAAUCGUCGGAGGCAUCAUGGCAUACUUCACUUACCACCUUCGACACGAUAAUUACAAGGAGCCUUGGACUUUCAUCUGGCUGUUCUCCGCGUCCCUCGCAUCAAUCGCUGCAUUGACCGUCACGAUAUGCCUCCAUUGCCUGCUCGGUCUCAAUCCAAGACUCAAUAUUGGCAUCAAUGCUUUCCUUGCGGCGAUAUGGGCGCUCAGCUUCGGGCUCCUGACGUGGUACAUGACCGAUACGUUAGGCGAUGCAUGCGACACUGAGCAUUGGCACGAGGAUGUUGGGAUUAUGGUUUGCAGGAUAUACAAGGCUUUGUGGACAUUCACUUUGGUUGGACUUGGAGCAACCCUCGCAGCCCUCUUCCUCGACAUCUACGUCCACCGCAAGCAAACAAGCCGCGGCAUGUACAAACUCCCAGACCUUGAUGCGAAGCGACCGGGGGCCACUCAUGGGCCUUAUACAGAGACACCGAACAAUUACGGUUAUGGCGGUCUAUCUGCGCCGCGGGAGAGCGAGGUUUGGGAAGAGCCACGAAGGUCUACUGGACCGUAUAGCGAGCAAGCGGACACGCUCAUCAAUGAGAAUGCGAGAGACAUUUCGGACGAUGCGGUUUUUGGACGGUAUGAUACUGGAUAUCAAGGCGCUGGCGCGACCGUUUUGCGUUGA